UUGGGACACUUCCUUCUAGCCGUUUAUGGUGUUGAAGGCGUUGCAGCAGAUGCAGAGGCAAUAAAAAAGUUGGGUGAGAUGGAAUGUUAUUAGAAGACUACAGCAGUGAAGCAUCAUCAUCAUCAUCAUCAUCAGGAGCAGCAAAGUGAUGGAGCCGCAGCAGAUCAGAGAGGGAUACUUGGUGAAAAAGCGUUCAGUGUUGAACUACUGGACAGCUGUGUGGGUGGUCUUGUCCGACGAUGGCGUGGAAUUCUACAAGAAGAAAACGGAUCAGUCCCCUAAAGGAAUGAUCCCUCUGAAGGGUGCCACGCUUGUCAAUCCUUGCCAGGAUUGUGGCAAUAGAGUGCUGGUGUUCAAGAUCACCACACUCAAGAAGCAGGACCACUUCUUCCAAGCUUCGCAUGUGGAGGAGAGAGAAUUGUGGGUGAAAGACAUCAAGAGGGCUAUCAGUUGUCUGCAAGGGGGGAAAAAGUUCGCUAGGAAGUCCACAAGACGCUCCAUUCGCCUGCCGGACACGGUUGACCUUGCUCAGCUGUACACUCUACUGAGAGACCAAGACGAAGGGGUCAAAGAGUUAAAACUGGAGCGGGAGAACCGCAUCUUCAACCACUGCUUCACUGGCUCCACGGUGAUAGACUGGCUCAUCUCCAAGGAGAAGGCUCGGAACAGGCCUGAGGCGCUGAUGUUGUCCACCGGCCUUAUGAACGAGGGCUUCCUGCAGCCUGCCGGGGAUCUCUCCAAAGAGGGGGCAGAGAGCGGCGAAAACUCUGUUUUCUUGGACCAGACCAAUGCUUUUUACUACUUUGCAGACAGCGGAUUCUUCUGCGAAGGCUACUCCAGUGACGAGGACUCUCUUCUGAAGGAGGAGUUCCGAGGGAACAUCGUCAAGCAAGGCUGCUUGCUCAAACAGGGCCACAGGAGGAAAAACUGGAAAGUCCGCAAGUUCAUUCUGAGGAACGACCCUCCUUAUAUGCACUAUUACGACCCCACCAAGGGUGAAGACCCCCUGGGCUCCAUCUAUCUGCGGGGGUCCGUGGUGACAGCUUUGGAGUUUGUGCCGGACGCCAAAAAAUAUGACAUCGAAGGAAACCUCUUUGAGAUCAUCACCUCGGAGGAAACGCAUUACUACCUCCAGGCGGCCACCGGCGAGGAGAGGAAGGGGUGGAUCGAAGCGGUGCAGGAAGCGUCUAAAAGUGUCUAAAACUGGGAAGUGACUUGUUUCAGGAAGUGGUGUUUUUGUUUAUCUGGUUUAGUCUUUAUUUGAAGGGACAAUGCACAGAAACAUUAGGUUCAAAAACAGAUAUGUUCUGUACCAGAUUAUAGCUAAAUAGCUCAUUUCCAUCUGCAGUCCCUGGCUACCUAAAUUAAAGAGAUACAACAAUUAUGCAAUAAAAUUAUGACAAUAAAAUCAUAGCGUAAGUCAUAAAACGCCCUUUCAUGGACACAUACUUAAUAUAUAAUACAACCACACCUCAUUUACAUCAUCACACAAAGACAAUACAUGCUCUUGUUAUUUAGGACUAUAUAAGUAAACAUUGAUUGAUUGAUUGUUCACAUCUGUCAUCAUUUGUAAAAACAACCAUGAUAAUAACACACACACCUCACAAUUUACAACAAAAAUGCUGUCAUGGAUAAAUAUAAUACACAUUAAGUUGAUCCGUCAAACAUAGUGUCCACCUUAUUGACCGUGUGAGCAGCUUUGAUUGCUCCAAAGCCACUUUUUAACUUCAUUUGUAUCCAUCCAUCCAUCCAUUUUCUACCGCUUAUUCCCUUUCGGGGUCGCGGGGGGCGCUGGCGCCUAUCUCAGCUACUAUCGGGCGGAAGGCGGGGUACACCCUGGACAAGUCGCCACCUCAUCGCAGGGCCAACACAGAUAGACAGACAACAUUCACACACUAGGGACCAUUUAGUGUUGCCAAUCAACCUAUCCCCAGGUGCAUGUAUUUGGAAGUGGGAGGGGCCUAUCCCCAGGUGCAUGUCUUUGGAAGUGGGAGGGGCCUAUCCCCAGGUGCAUGUCUUUGGAGGUGGGAGGAAGCUGUAGUACCCGGAAGGGAACCCACGCAUUCACGGGGAGAACAUUCAAACUCCACACAGAAAGAUCCCGAGCCUGGAUUUGAACUGCAGGACCUUCGUAUUGUGAGGCAGACGCACUAACCCCUCUGCCACCGUGAAGCCCUUAAUAAUCUGUUAAACUUUUCAAGUUUGUUGUGAGGUCGUCCAUUCCUUCAUGGCUUUAUAUGAAAAGGCUGAUUGUGAAGGCUGGUGUGUCACAGCAGAUGUAAACUGGACAAAGUGCUUAAGUGGCGCUGGUGUUAGUGUUAUUUAGGAUUCGAUGUUUGAAUGUUGUAUCAACAUUGUUGUCUUGUCAUGAUCCAUGGUCAGGCUCAUGUUUUGUUUAGUUAUGUUCUGUUCGUCUUGGACUCCUUUAGUUCCGGUUUGUGCACCUCCUGAGUUCAGUCACCAUGGUUACUCACGAUUUUCACCUGCCCCUGUUGUUUGGGACACACCUGUGUCUCAUCAAGAGACUACUAUUAAGUCUGCCUUUGUUGAUCACUCCUUCUGGCUUCAUUGUUUGUGCCAAGCGAGUUUUGUUCCAUGCUCGAGUCCGUGCUAAGUUAUAGCCUUAGCUUCCGGUGCAAUCGGAACCUUGUUCCGUCUGUUUUAUUUACGUUUUGUCUUCAGUUAGACGAUUAAAUUAUGUCGUUACCUGCAAGUCCUAUCCGGAGUCGUCCUCAAACUUAUUUUGACCAGGUGUGUCAAACUCAUUUUAACUCGGGGGCUGCACGAAGAAAAAAACUAUUCCUCUGACAACUUCAGAUUGUUUUUUUGUUGUUAUUUUAUUUCGGCCCAAAAUACAAAACCAGUGAAGUUGGCACAUUGUGUAACUCGCAAAUAAAAACAGAAUGCAAUAAUUUGCAAAUCCUUUUAAACUUACGUACAAUUAAAAAGACUGCGAAGACAACAUAUUUCAUGUUCCAACUGAGAAACUGAUUUUUUUUUUGCGAACACUUUGCAAAAAACUUGUCACAGGGGCAUUUUUACCACUGUGUUACAUGACCUUUCCUUUUAACAACACUCAGUAAACGUUUGGGAACUGAGGAGACACAUUUUUGAAGCUUUUCAGGUGGAAUUCUCUCCCAUUCUUGCUUGAUGUACAGCUUAAGUUGUUCAACAGUCCGGGGUCUCCGUUUUUAUGACUCAUAAUACGCCACACAUUUUCGAUGGGAGACAUGUCUGGACUACAGGCAGGCCAGUCUAGUACCAGCACUCUUUUACUAUGAAGCCACGCUGUUGUAACACGUGGCUUGGCAUUGUCUUGCUGAAAUAAGCAGGGGUGCCCGUGAAAAAGACGUUGCUUGGACGGCAACAUAUGUUGCUCCAAAACCUGUAUGUACCUUUCAGCAUUAAUGUUGCCAUGGCGAUGGCCUCCCAGGUGUACAGGAGACGGGCGUUCAGAGUUCAAUACAGUUUCAUUGAACAUCAAAUAGAUGGGUACGAGUCUCGACUUUUCAGUCUGGUUCUUUCGUGUCGGUUCUCUCCGUCUCUCCAAGCCCCCUCGACCCCUGCUGCUCUCGGCCGCUACUGAUUAAGACAACAGGUGAUUAGACAACUAGUCCCAGCUGGGCAAUCUAAUCACCUGUCAGCUGUGCUCCUGCAGCCAGCGCGCCGACCACGCCCCCCUCCACAGAUGCCUUCACAGAUGUGUAAGUUACUCAUUCCUUGGGCACUAAUACACCCCCAUACCAUCACAGAUGCUGGCUUUUCAACUUUGCGCCUAUAACAAUCCAGAUGGUUCUUUUCCUCGUUGUUGAGGAGGACACGACGUCCACAGUUUCCAAAAACAAUUGGAAAUGUGGACUCGUCAGACAACAGAACACUUUUACACUUUGCAUCAGUCCAUCUUAGAUGAACUCGGGCCCAGCGCGUUUCUGGGUGUUGUUGAUGAAUGGCUUUCGCUUUGCAUAGUAGGGUUUUAACUUUCAAUUACAAAUGUAGCGACCAACUGUAGUUACUGACAGUGGUUUUCUGGAGCGUUACCAAGCCUAUGUGGUGAUAUCCUUUACUAGAUGAGCUCGGGCCCAGCGCAUUUCUGGGUGUUGUUGAUGAAUGGCUUUCGCUUUGCAUAGUAGAGUUUUAACUUUCACUUACAGAUGUAGCGACCAACUGUAGUUACUGACAGUGGUUUUGACAUGUGGUGAUAUCCUUUACACAAUGAUGUUGCAUUCAUUGUUAGUUUUUGGGGAUUUCUCCAGAUUCUCUGAACCUUUUGCUGAUAAUACGGACCGCAGAUGGUGAAAUCCGAAAUAGCUGGUUGAGAAAUGUUGUUCUCAAACUGUUGGACAAUUUGCUCACGCAUUUGUUGACAAAGUGGUGACCCUCGCCCCAUCCUUGUUUGUGAAUGACUGAGCAUUUCAUGGAAGCUGCUUUUAUAAUCCAAUCAUGGCACCCACCUGUUCCAAAUGAGCCUGUUAACCCGUGGGAUGUUCCAAAUAAGUGUUUGAUGAGCAUUCCUCAACUUUAUCAGUCUUUUUUGCCACCCGUGCCAGCUUUUUUGAAACAUGUUGCAGGCAUCAAAUUCCAAAUGAGCUAAGUAUCUUUUCUGUGGAGUCUAUUCAAUUGAAUAUAGAAUGAAAGGUAUUUGCAAAUCAUUGUUUUCCGUUUUUAUUCACGAUUUACACAACGUGCCAACUUCACUGGCUUUAGGUUCUGUACAUACAAGUCGAGACUUGUAACGAGGAGAGGGGGAACAGCCACUAGGGGCGCUGCUUUGUUUGUUUUAUGUUGGGUCGAGGAGUAGGAGUUGCAGCCCCGCUUCACCAUGUACGUCUUCUUUGGUAAACUAUUUGCUUGCCUAACAGAAUUGCUUUUGCGACAUCCAGUGGACACAUUUAGGACUGCAGUUUCUUUCAAUUUAAAAAUGCAGUUCAAUUUCACGCUUAAACUCCUCUCACGUGCCGGAUUGAACCUGCUCAGGCCCGCGGGCCGCAUGUUUGGCAUCCCCAGUGUUGGACAGUAUUUAAUGGCUUACUGCAGGGUUUGUGUUUUCUCAGACUCUGACUUCUGCUCUCACAAAAUAAAGAUAGCGAGUGUUAUCACGGAA